AUGUCCCGUGCGGCUCUCACUCCAGCGAAAACAGCUCCCAUCGUGGCGUCCGUGACCAAAAACCUUCGACUGGGCGAGAACGUGACGUCCACUGAAGAGUACCCGCCGCCACCACGGCGCAAGAACGUCGACUCUGACACAGCACAUGCAAGCGUCCAGCUGGCUCGACUACCUGCUUGGACAUCCCAAAGUGUGGUGCCGGGCUUAUCGGAAGAGGCAGCCAGGAGACAUCCGCCAUCCUUGGGAAACGCGGGCGUUGCGGGCGCGCCAGAUGUGGGCUCUGGCCAUCCUCGUCUUCCCAGCAGGCCGAUGGAACGUUCAGAAAUGGGGGCGGCUGUCGUCCAUGUGAGCAGGUCUGCACCAGGGAGACCUGCGCGCGCUCUCGUCGACAAGCGCCAGUGA